UGAAGCAAAGCACUCAGUACAACCUAGUCGUUUGUCUUGCUAGCAGUUGUUUAACCCACCGCUACGCUGCGCAACGGCGCCUGAAUGGGGAGGCAUGUAUAUCCUUCUUAUAUCAUCUUCCAGCAUCUUUUAGAGAAUAAAAAAGUGGCUAUAAUCGCAGGUCUAUUGUCUCCCGGAAACAUCCAUCAACCGCAGCAACACACGUGCUCAACAAUACCGCAUAGAAAAGUUCCUGGAUUAACGCAGAAUUAGCACAAAGCAAAGACGCCACCUCAGCUCAACAUUGCAAACUGACUGAACUAGCGGAGAGAGGAAACGAUUGAGGGAGAAGCAGUGUGCACCAGAGACUGAGACACAUACCCCAGCAGCUCAAGACGAGUCCCAGAGAGCACAGAGACAGGCCAGGACGGGCAUCCUUCUGGAAAGGGGACCCACGCCGAAGAAAGCUUCAAAAGCAUGGAGGCAAAACAAUUUGCUGGCAUACUGAACGGAGCAGUUCCAGGAGAGCCAGUGAAGAAAGAUGAAAACUCCAGAAGGGGAAACUGGGGCAACCAGAUUGAGUUUGUCCUCACCAGUGUUGGUUACGCAGUGGGGCUGGGAAACGUCUGGAGGUUCCCUUACCUUUGCUACAGGAAUGGAGGAGGUGCCUUCAUGUUCCCGUACUUCAUUAUGCUGGUGUUUUGUGGCAUCCCUCUGUUCUUCCUGGAGCUCUCCUUUGGGCAGUUCACCUCCCUCGGGUGCCUGGGAGUCUGGAAGGUCAGCCCCAUGUUUAAAGGUGUGGGUUAUGGAAUGAUGGUGGUCUCAACCUACAUUGGGAUCUACUACAAUGUGGUGAUUUGCAUUGCAUUUUAUUACUUCUUCAUGUCCAUGACAAACCUGCUGCCCUGGACGUACUGUAACAACCCCUGGAACACCCCUGACUGCAGUGGGGUGGUGGGAACUCCACGAGCUAAUGCCACCUUCGCCAAUGUGUCUGCUGUCGUGUCAGGGGUGACUGAGAUUGUCAACCGCACAAAGAGGACCAGUCCUAGUGAAGAGUACUGGAGAAACUAUGUACUGAAUAUCUCUGACGGCAUUGGGAACUUUGGGGAGGUGCGCCUGCCUAUCCUGGGAUGUCUGGCUGUGUCAUGGGUGGUUGUGUUCCUCUGUCUUAUUCGAGGAGUCAAGUCAUCAGGCAAGGUAGUGUAUUUCACAGCGACCUUCCCUUAUGUGGUGCUGACCAUUCUCUUCAUCAGAGGAAUCACUCUUGAAGGAGCCGUCAGUGGUAUCAAAUACUAUUUGACCCCUCAGUGGCAGAAAAUUCUGGAUGCCAAGGUAUGGGGGGAUGCUGCCUCUCAGAUUUUCUAUUCUCUUGGCUGCGCCUGGGGUGGGCUUAUCACCAUGGCGUCAUAUAACAAGUUCCACAAUAACUGUUUCAGAGACAGUAUCAUCAUCAGUGUAACAAACUGUGGUACCAGUGUGUACGCUGGCUUUGUUAUCUUCUCCAUCCUGGGAUUUAUGGCUCAUCAUCUUGGGGUGGAUGUGUCAGAGGUGGCCGAUCAUGGUCCAGGCCUGGCAUUCGUGGCCUACCCAGAGGCUCUAACACUUCUGCCCAUAUCGCCACUCUGGUCCCUGCUUUUCUUCUUUAUGCUCAUUUUAUUGGGCCUCGGCACUCAGUUCUGUCUACUGGAGACUCUGGUGACGGCUAUAGUAGAUGAGAUUGGAACUGACUGGAUUAUCAGAAAUAAGACCUACGUCACGCUCGGAAUCGCUAUAAUAGGCUUCCUCCUGGGAGUGCCGCUGACCACACGGGCGGGGAUAUACUGGUUGCUGCUUAUGGACAACUACGCUGCCAGUUUCUCUCUGGUCGUCAUCUCUUGCAUUAUGUGCAUCUGUAUAAUGUAUGUCUAUGGUCACAAGAACUAUUUUAAAGAUGUGGAGAUGAUGCUAGGCUUCCCUCCUCCAAUCUUCUUCAGGAUCUGCUGGAGAUUUGUGUCUCCUUUAAUUAUUACUUUCAUUCUGAUUUUUACUGUGAUACAGUACAAGCCUAUUACCUACAAUGACUAUGUGUACCCUAGUUGGUCAUUGAUCAUUGGGUUUGCCAUGGCUUUGUCUUCAGUUAUCUGUAUACCUAUCUAUGCUCUGUUCAAGAUUGCUGUGUCUGAGGGAUCUACAUUUGUAGAGCGCUUGAAGAACUCCUUGAAGCCUGAUCUGGACUGGGGCCCUGCUCUCCAGGAGCACCGCAAGGGACGAUACGCCACCACGGGCCCCGAAUCUGUGGAGGUGUGCCCUCUCAAAGAAGAUCUGAAAGAUGAGGGGAAAGAGAAACUCAAAGAGAAAGAAGAUGAGAUCGGUCUGACCAUCCCAGGAAGCAACGGCUCCACAUUGAACCCCACACCCAGUGCAUAGAGGAGCCCCUUCCACACCCUCCCCCCAGGACGGUUCCCAUUUCCACACUGCGGGACAGGCCACUCUCGCUGGAGACCUUUACAUAUUGUAAGGGCUUUAUGAAAUCUAACCUCUAGAGAAAUUGGUUGUCAUCCAAAACCUUUUUCUUUUUGUUCACAUAAUUUAAUACUGCAGUUUUUUUUAAUAAAAAAAGACAUGUUCAUAUACAGGAGGUGUUUGCAUACACACAGUGUGUAUAUAGCGCAUUGUACAAUAUUUUCAAUCUGUGUUGAAUAGUCUGGAGAUGUGACUGUAGUGGCAACAGGAGCUACAGUGGGAUUUGGCUUGUGUGUGUGUAGUGGUGGUAGUGCUGGUCAGGUUUAAAAGCUGAAGACCAAAUAUUCUUUGUGGCAAUGUUGUAAUGGCACUGUUAAGGGGAGUGUUAUUUUCAGUUUCUGUUUGUACCUAUUGUCUUGAUUGGGAACCGUCUCAUUUGCAAGCCAAUAUGGGUUUUUCCAUAGCCAAUGCUGAUGUCUGAGAGCAGGGUGGCCGAUGGUCAAUAUAAUGCCAGUAUAUGAUAUAUUAUAUGUUAAAUAAAAUGACCUUUUAAUACUGAAUUAAUUCAAAAAUCCACUUAAAAAUACAAACCAGAACAUGUCUAUUAUCCAUUGACUAGACUACCGGUAGAUUUUGGCGCUAACGCUUUUGUUAAUCGGCCAAGUAGACUGGCUGAUAUCGAUAAAUAAGAAUAGGCCAAGAGAAUAUCAACUCUAUUUCCCUUUAAAGUGAGAGCACAAAUAUAAAACAAAGGAUAUUUGGUCUUAAGCUCUUACUGACUGAGGUAUCUGGACCGAGGCAUAUAACCUCUCAAGCCCAUUCUCAGGGUUACACACAAUUUGCUUUUUUUUUUUUAAACAUUUUCCAACACCUUGAGAUGAUUUAUUGCUGAUGUUGAGUGUUUGACAUGAAGGAAGAGGGAUUUUCAUGUAGGAACUUCCACAUGAAAUGCCAAAUCUGUCUAGUCUUCCAGGCAUCUCGAGCCGAGGCAUCUUCUGAGCGAGGGGAUCACGUGUGCGAUAAUAAAAGCAGCUAGUUUCUCAUUAGAUUCAGUACUGUAGUAUGCACACUAACCCUGCUCUUCACAGAAAAGGAGGCAUGUUACCAAAAACAUGUGCACAGACCUUUGUAUUCUGAUGAUUUAGCUGGUAUGUUUGUGUUUGUGUGUACUUUUUUGUUGUCUAUGCGUGUUAAGAGACUUGAACCGGUGUGUAUGUGUCAUUUAAAGGCAUCUGGCUGUGCUGAGCCAAGCAGUUGUGUGAUCGAAUAAGGGUUAAGGUUGCUUGCAGAAUGAUCAGAGGUAAACGUAGCAUCAGUCACAAUCACUGUGGUUAGUGUAAUUGAUGGGUAGUCAGCAGUUUGUCCUCCUUAUUAUUGUGAAUAACAUGAAAUAGACUUGCGAGACAAAUAAUAGGUCAAACCAUCUGAUUUUUACAAUAGAAACCACAGCAUAUUAGGUGUUGUUUCGUUUUGUAGGCAAUAGGGAGGGGAGAUACUCGGAUUGAGAGCUUGGUAGUUGGUAUGGCUAGAUGCUGCUUAUCGUAUCAUUCCAGUGAUGUAUCAACAAGGCCCCCUACUUAGGAUGCAUAUGGUUGCAGUGGCACAUAUACAUGGAUAGAGAGUCCUGGUUACACUGUGAAUUUGUCUGGGAUGUUGCCUGACGCCUUUCAAUAGGGAGUCUAGCAAUAUAGCUGCUAAUGUGCUGACGCGUCACGUAUUGAGACUUCUGAAUAAAUGACGAAUCACUGUGUAUAGUUAAGUGAAAGUAGUAUUGGUUUUUCUCUUCUGCGUUGUGCAAGGAGAAACGCAAUACAUUUGUGACAUGCUGCUUCUGUCAUUUUGAGUCGGAAUGAGGCGUUUGUGGAAAAAUGUGAUUGUGAGGAGAAAAUACCAAUAAUACAUAGAAAGUCUCAGUUUUCAUAUUGGCUUCAUUUUAUUAUGAAAUUUAACAAAUGUCGUUUUGACGCUCUUUAAUGUAGCCUGACAGAUCGCUGCAGUUGACUUAAUUCAAAUGGCAACACGGAUCGCGAGUGAACGGAUCGUUUCUUCCUCUUUACUACUAGUUAUAGCAGGAAUACACAUCAGAAGUAGGGUGACCAUAUUUCUCAUGGUAGAAUACGGGACGGGUGAGCAAAGGGUGGGCAAUAUGACCAUUUUAUUUGUAAUAUGAGAAAUUUUAUUUCAUGGUAAUUAUUGUUUUUUAUAUAUAUAUAUAUAUAUAUAUAUAUAUAUAUAUAAUAUUAAAAAUAGAAGUUUACAAACAAUACAACAAAUACAAUAGAGAUACAAAAUUGAAUAAACUUGUUUUUCAGAUACAGUAGGUUUGUUUACCAUGUAUACAUUUAUUUAACAUAUUUUGUUGUUUGAUUAACAUUAAUGACAGACAAAUAUUUAAUUAGGCUACUGUCCCUUUAAGGCCGAAUUCAUGAAUGUAAUAUACUGACACAAAUCCGGUUUUCACCUACCUGUUUACGUCCACUUAAGCCAUAACCGACUGUAUUUACAUGAGAUACUCCACACGAUGGACAUUUUGGCAACUAUGUGUGCAUCUGACCAUUCAGGCGCAAGGAGAACCGAUCGCUGUCUGAGAGAACUGGAAUCGCGCGCAAGGAAAGAGAGAGAGAGAGAGAGAGAGAGAGAGAGCGCGCGCGCGCGCGAGAGAGCGCUUCUGGUGUGUCAUUCAGCGCGAUUCCGCCUAUCCAGCCUUCACUAACGGCAAGGUAAUCGAUAACGAAUUUUGAUUGUUCUGUGACGAAUUUGAUAGGGCUGUUCUCGCGUGACAGAACACUACUCAUUCUAUCAGUAGUAACGAAAUUUUAGGAAAGAUGAAAUACGGGACAAAACAUGUUUUUUUUCUUAAUAAAAAGAAAUUGUAUUUUUUCUAAAAAUACGGGACUGAAGCUGAAAUACGGGACUGUCCCGGGAAAAACAUGACAUAUGGUCACCCUAAUCAGAAGAUAUGUUGAAAGAUACAGUACAACUUACCGAACGUAUCGUCUCUCAUGUAAUCGUGUUUCAAUUGCGGAAAGACGUUAAUAAAACAGCUCGUGAACAAACAUCACCUGACUACAUUUACCUCAGGAAAGUCAUGUCAGUGUUUAUUGCUUGUUAAUAAAGUUAGUUGGGGGAAAAAAAUCAUACCUAAAUUCAUUAAAUUUUACGUAACAUGUUAUUGAUGUUUUUAUUACUUUGACUAAUCUCUAAAAUCUAUUAAAAAAAUGCCUGAAAUUGUUUGGAAACUUGAUGUCAAAACAAGUGUUUUUGACAGACCAUUUAAUUAUAACUCAGCAUAAACAUAAUUAUAUAUAAUCAUUUUUAUAGAUAUUUUCAUUUAGUUCAUAAAACUCAUGUGCUUCUGGGUGAAAAACGACUCAAAAUGACGGAUCAGGUCACAGAUAAAGUCAGUAUUCUAAAUCUGAUGGCAUAAUAGUCUAGAUCAUUGUUAUAUGUACAUUUAAUUAAUCUUUGCAUGAAGGUAAGAUAUAUAUAUAUAUAUAUAUAUAUAUAUAUAUAUAUAAGAUUUUAUCCAAAAAUAUACAAAACAAAAUCUAACUUUAAAAAGUAGCCAGAGAGAAGAAAAAAAAAUUGAGAGAUGCAACAAAAAUAAAAGUAACCCUGCUGCCUAACAGGAGAUAUCAGACACUCAGGGGAGUAGUUAGAGGUUCAUUGGUCUUUGUGAGGUCAUAGCACAACCAUACAUGCAGGUCACAGACUCUAGCUUUUCCCCUGUUAGACAGCGGGUGCAGUAGAUUAGAGCAGCAAUUUAGGUGUCGUGAGACUAAUAGCACUUUUAUUUACUGGUUCACUUUAGCUGGCUACGUGCACAGUAGCUGCAGUAUAAUUAAUCGCUGUCGCAAAUGUGAAUGCACAAGAUUGAAGCCCUCUCGUUUGUCUGAUGUUUGGUCCUCAGACCUUGAACGUGGCAUGAAGUCCAUGUGUCUGUCUCUAGGUACUGCAAUGCGAACAGACCUUGACAUGCAAACUCUUUAUAUAACAGUAGACAUGUUAUGCAUCAGUGCUGUUCUUGCACUGUUCCACACCUCUAUUAGUCCUCUCUCUCCGUUGUACAGUAAUGUAAAAAAAGAAAAGAAAAAAAAGACAAAAAAUCAACUGAUGUUUGUGUUUUCUGUUUUUAUCAGGGUGGGUUGCUGUAGUGGGGUUCAUUUUUAGUUGUUUUUACUUUUUCUUGUGGUAACGUAGCUAAUGUUAUGUGUACAGAGUGCUCUGUGUAGUGGACGUUCUGAGUCAAACCUAGUUCAUGUUAGUGUCACUAUUGAUGUCGUAAUUUUAAUCAGUAUGUAAUUAUCCAUUUUUGCCAUUUAACAGAAAUCUACCUUUCUAAGAGAUUUUUCCUUUUUAUUUUUAUAGUACUAAAACUGUAUUUUAUCAUCAGUUGUAAUCAUUUUUAGCUAUGUUCAGUGACACUACACUCUUUUCCCCCAAAACCUCAAGCCAGCUGAUCUCAAACACAUUGCCAAACAAUGGCUUUGGACUGAAACUUGAAAAAUACAGGAAUGCUUUUUACACGAGUGUCUGGUCAAACAGAAAUCGUUUAUUGAUGAGAAAGGACACAGUCUAAAGCCAACAAUGUUAUAUCUUCAUCUCAGUAUUGUAAACAAGUGUAUUUGUAGUGCUGCAAAACCCUUUAAGGACAUUUCAUUCACAGUUUCAUGUAUUCUGCACAAUGUAAAAAAGAAACAGAGAAAGCACAUUUGAUUGCCUUGAAAGAACGUUUUAACAUGUAUGCUGAUCUUUGAAUAAUUUCAAACUGUAUUAAUAGUUUGGAAAUUUUUAUUUUAUAUUAACAUGUCAUGUCAAUCUGCUAUUGGAAAGGAAAAAACCAAACACUUUUAAAUGGACUUCGCUCCUAAUUUGACUUGGCCCUCAGCAAUUAGUUUGUAAAAUGACAUGACGGGGCUGUGUUUAGAACAAGCAAAACAAAAAUACUAGAAUUUGGUGGGAAAAAUGCACAUAAAUACCUCUAGGUUCUAGAUGGUAAUAUCUACUGAGCACAAUUUUGUGGCUGGAUAAAGUAAACUAUAAACAGAAUCAGCACAUCUGAAAUGAAACUGUGAAGUUUUUCAUUUACUGUACUUACCGAAAUGUUAUUCAAAACAGCAUCAUGUAUUUUCAUGUUGUUACGGCACUUUAUAAAUAUAUAUUAUAUAUACGUGUUUGAAGACAACAGAAAAUAAUACAUAACUGCAAAAAAUGAAACCUGUCUCUCCCAUGUCCUGUAUCCUAAAAGAAGAGAUGUCAUCACAAUAGUGUGUGUGUACUUGUGCUGCUCAUGGCAAUAUAAAACAGUGAAGUAGAAAGACAAGGACAAUGACAUGAGCUCAGUACUUUAUCAAACAUAUCUAACCAUGUCUUUUCCAUUUUAGGGCCAAACUUCAUUGAAAUUGUCUUAGUCAUGUCAGCUGUAUAUCUUAAACUGUUCAAUUUGAAAUGGUAAAUAAAGUUUAUUUUAAAGAUCAA